AAGUUGAACGCUUUCUUGUCUGUUUGCCGAGUAUCUCAGUGUUUCUCGCUUUCUCUCUGUUUUUUUAAUCAAGUGAAUAUCCCAUUGUUUGGUCGUUUUAGUUUCUCCGUUAUCCUUUUGCCACUGGCAUCCUGUCACUCUGUGACCGAGUGGCGGGAACGUGACACUGGAGUUCUGUUUUCAGAGCCCAGUCUCUGUAAACACUCUCAAACCCUAGUCUUUACUCGUUUAGUAGGAAAUAUUGCUGUCAUAUUUGGGGAGAAAUCAAAACGUUCAUUAAGCAUUCCGCAAUGUACCGGCUAGCAACCAGAAGCAUAGUCGUUUCAUCACCUCGUUGGCGUUCCCUUGCCCUCUUCCUUCGCUCUCCAGCACCCAGAUACUGUUCAUUCGUCCCUUCACGGGUCCUCCUAAGAAGUGGACAUAUUCAGAGGAUAUCUUGUUUCAAAGAUGGGAAGAUUUUGAGGGGAAGCAGUAGAGCAGCCAAGAAACAUAAAUCUCCAAAUAAUAAUUUAGAUGAUAAAGAUCUUUCUAACAUAUUUUGGUGGAAGGAGAAGAUGCAGAUGUGCAGAAAGCCUUCGACUACUCAGCUGGUUAAAAGGCUUGAAUAUUCCAAUUUGCUGGGCUUGGACCCCAACUUGAAGAAUGGAAGUCUUAAAGAAGGAACUCUCAACUGGGAGAUGUUGCAGUUCAAAUCCAAAUUUCCACGUGAAGUUUUGCUCUGCAGAGUUGGAGACUUUUAUGAAUCUAUUGGAAUAGAUGCUUGUAUUCUUGUUGAAUAUGCUGGUUUAAACCCUUUUGGUGGUAUGCGGUCAGAUAGUAUUCCAAAGGCUGGUUGUCCUGUUGUGAAUCUUCGACAGACUUUGGAUGAUCUGACUCGUAACGGGUUUUCAGUGUGCAUAGUGGAGGAGGUUCAGGGUCCAACUCAAGCACGAUCUAGGAAAGGUCGCUUUAUAUCUGGGCAUGCUCAUCCGGGAAAUCCAUAUGUGUAUGGACUUGUUGGAGUUGAUCAUGAUCUUGACUUUCCAGAACCAAUGCCUGUUGUUGGGAUAUCUCGUUCUGCAAGGGGUUAUUGCAUAAAUUUUGUGCUUGAGACCAUGAAGACGUAUUCUUCAGAAGAUGGUUUGACAGAAGAAGCUGUAGUUACAAAGCUUCGCACUUGUCAAUACCAUCAUUUAUUUCUGCACACAUCUUUGAGGAAAAACUCUUCAGAGACAUUCCGCUGGGGGGAAUUUGGUGAGGGAGGCCUCCUCUGGGGAGAGUGUAGUUCACGACAUUUUGAAUGGUUUGAUGGCAACCCCAUCUCUGACCUUCUGGUUAAGGUGAAGGAGCUUUAUGGUCUUGAGGAUGAGGUUACAUUCAGGAACACUACUGUUUCUUCAGAAAAUAGGCCUCGACCUUUAACUCUGGGAACAGCAACGCAAAUUGGUGCCAUUCCAACGGAAGGGAUACCUUAUUUGUUGAAAAUACUACUCUCGCCAAAUUGUACUGGAUUACCUGUGCUGUAUGUUAGAGAUCUUCUGUUGAAUCCUCCUGCCUAUGAGAUUGCAUCAACAAUUCAAGCAAUAUGCAAACUCAUGAGCAGUGUAACAUGUUCAAUCCCUGAAUUCACCUGUGUUUCAUCAGCAAAGCUUGUGAAGCUACUUGGACUGAGGGAGGCCAAUCAUAUUGAAUUUUGCAGAAUAAAGCAUGCACUUGAUGAAAUACUGUUGAUGUACAGAACCCCGGAGCUCAAUGAGAUAUUGAAACUUUUGAUUGAUCCCACAUGGGUGGCAACUGGCUUGAAAAUUGAUUUUGAGACCUUGGUUGCUGGAUGUGAAGUGAUCUCAGAUAUGAUUGGUGAAACAAUCUAUCUGGAUGGUGAAAAUGAUCAGAAAAUCAAUUCCUUUUCUGCCGUUCCUGAUGAAUUUUUUGAGGAUAUGGAGUCUUCUUGGAAAAGUCGAGUCAAAAGAAACCACAUUGAUGAUGCAUUUAUUGAAGUGGAAAGAGCUGCUGAGGCCCUGUCUUUAGCUGUAGAGGAAGAUUUUGUUCCUAUAAUCUCUAGGAUAAAAGCUACUACGGCCCCACUUGGAGGCCCAAAGGGAGAAAUAUUGUAUGCUCGGGAGCAUGAAGCAGUUUGGUUUAAGGGCAAGCGCUUUGCUCCAACUGUCUGGGCUGGUAGCCCUGGGGAGGAACAAAUUAAACAACUUAAACCGGCUUUAGAUUCUAAAGGUAGAAAGGUUGGUGAGGAAUGGUUUACCACAAUUAAGGUAGAAGCUGCCUUAACUAGGUACCAUGAAUCUGGUGAAAAAGCAAAAGCAAGAGUUUUAGAACUUUUAAGAGGGCUUUCUGCUGAACUUCAAUCCAAGAUAAACAUCCUUGUAUUUGCCUCCAUGUUGCUUGUUAUUGCCAAAGCACUAUUCUCUCAUGUGAGUGAAGGAAGAAGAAGGAGAUGGGUCUUUCCCACGCUGGCAGAACCCCAUGGGUUUGAGAAUGCUAAGACGGUGGGUGAAACCAAUAGACUGAAGAUAGUUGACCUGUUACCAUAUUGGUUCAACGUAGCAGAAGGAGGUGCUGUGCAUAAUACUGUUGAUAUGCAGUCAUUGUUUCUCUUGACUGGACCAAAUGGUGGUGGUAAAUCAAGCUUACUUCGAUCAAUUUGUGCUGCUUCACUUCUUGGGAUAUGCGGAUUCAUGGUUCCUGCAAAGUCAGCCCUGAUUCCUCAUUUUGAUUCUAUCAUGCUUCACAUGAAGUCGUUCGAUAGCCCUGCUGAUGGGAAAAGUUCAUUUCAGGUGGAAAUGUCAGAGCUUAGAUCUAUCAUUGCUGGAACAACCAAAAGAAGCCUUGUGCUUGUUGAUGAGAUAUGCCGAGGAACAGAAACGGCAAAAGGAACCUGUAUCGCAGGCAGCAUCAUUGAAACUUUCGAUGAAGUUGGUUGUUUGGGCAUUGUAUCCACUCACUUGCAUGGAAUAUUUGAUCUGCCUCUAAACACCAAAAACACUGUUUACAAAGCAAUGGGGACAGUAUGUAUUGAUGGACAAACAAAGCCAACUUGGAAGCUGAUUGAUGGGAUAUGUAAAGAGAGUCUUGCAUUUGAAACAGCUAAGAGGGAAGGAAUUCCUGAGACUAUUAUCCAAAGAGCUGAAGAUCUUUAUCUCUCAGUUUCUGCGCAGGAAUUGCUUCCUCGGGAAAAUUUCUCAAAGAAAGACCUAGCUUCUCAUGCAAAUGUUGAUAGUUCCAAUGAAUCGCAUCUCCACUCCACCAGAAAGGUUAUAAAAAGAGGUGCCAAAGAAAGAAUGGCAUCAGUUAACCAAACAGAAAUUUUACGUCGGAAAGUUGAGAGUGCUAUCUUCUCAAUAUGCGAGGACAGGAUGAUGGAGCUGCAUGGAAAAAAGAACAUAUCAGCGCCUACUGAGAUCAAGUGUGUUCUAAUUGGUCCAAGGGAACAGCCUCCGCCAUCAACUAUUGGUGCUUCAAGUGUUUAUGUGAUUAUCAGACCAGAUAAGAAACUUUAUGUUGGAGAGACUGAUGAUCUGGCGGGUCGAGUUCAUGCUCAUCGGACAAAGGAAGGAACGCAGGAUGCAUAUUUCCUCUAUUUCCUUGUGCCAGGAAAGAGCCUGGCUUGCCAACUAGAAACUCUGCUCAUCAACCAGCUUCCUGCUCAAGGCUUCCAACUAACCAACAUUGCCGAUGGUAACCAUCGGAACUUCGGCACAUCUAACCUUUUAUCAGAAUGUGCCACUACUCACUAGAUAAAUGUAGGAAAACUCUACCUUUCAGUUUUGUAAUCUAGCCAGUCAUUUAUACAAAUGUAUGGCUCUUCUAAUGUGUAUAUGUUGUCGAUUUCACAAGAUGAGGUAAUUCAGGAAGCAGUGACUGCAGCAUUUUUGUUAGAUAUAGUUGCAGCAGCUGCAUUACUGUUCUUCCCUGCAAAAUGGGAGGAAACUAUUAUUUUGAUCAAACAAGAAAAGAUGGGAAAUGUUCAUUAAUAGCACGUCUCAUUUCGGCUUCGCA